AUGUCCCCUCCGUCUCUUCUCCUCACUACCGCGUCCAACACCCCAACACUCCUGCCACGUCGCACGUCUCUACUCCCCUGUCGCCGCCGACCGUGUCUUGACGUGUCCACGGUCGUCACGAUCCUCGUAAAAUUGCUCGGCAAGAAGGCGCAGGGUGCCGUCAUCACUGUUCCGAGAUGGUUCGAGGAGGCGCAGAAGCACACCCUCGAGAAGACCACCGCCGAUGCGGGCAUUGUCGUCCUCCGGCUUGGAGAAAGCGGGCGCGGCAGCCGUCACUGCCACAAGCAAUUUACUGACGGCAGGCCCCGGUGCAGACCGCACCCCCUCGUCGACCUCGGCACCUCUGCCCUAGAACUGUCGCUUCUCUCCGCCUGCUCAGUCGAGUCCCUCAAGGACGGCCUCGACUUCACCGGCACGAUCACCCGCCUCCGCUUCGACAUGGAGGGCACGGUGGUCGGGGGCGGCGUCGCCGACUCGACGACGAUCCUCGCGCGCGGGUGCGCGAUGCAGGCGAAGAUUCUUGCCGGGCUCGCGGACGGUACGGAGAGCGCGCAGGACAGGCAGGACGGGGUCCCUGUGGUGCUCAAGGACACCCCAGUGCCGGCGAGGUGCCCCGUGGCGUUCGACAUCGACUUUGGGGAGGGCGAGGGCGAGAAGAGGGUCAGGUUCGAGUUGUAG